GAAUAUGACAGAAGCUCAAAGCCAUCAUGGAAGAAGCACAUAUGGAGAGAAGGAACAACAACAGAAGAUACUUCUCUCAUGCCAUCAAAAGGGUGUGCUUUACAUGGCUUUGGUGGAUCUCAUUUCUGUAUCCCUAUUUCUUUUGACUAAGGGUGGUAAUUUGGUAGAGAGAAGGCUACACCAAAGAAAGUGGAAAUGCAUAGUCCAUGGAAGUCUAGAAUAUCAUCACUUGUCUUCUAUCACAUCAGUUUCCCAAGAUGAAUUCAAUGAAAAAACCUCCUCUUUGUUUCUCACAACAGCUUCUGGAUCUGUUUUGGAAUAUAGAGUUCGUUGUCAGUGUCGACAAGUACCUUGAAGCGCAGAGCCAGAAGCUCUCUACAGAUUGCUACUUGUUGAUACUUCAUGGAUUUUCUUUUAUGCUUGCUGACAUUUGAUGUAGAAUUUUGUGUACGAAGGAUAUCUAUUUUGUAUGAUUAUAUGUUUGUAUGGAAUUAUUGUUUUGGGUUGGAUUAUAUUUGAUUUGUAUAGAAUUUGAUGUUAAAACACCAAAUUUUU